AUGGCCGGUGGAAUGCCCAUUUCGACGGGGACCGUGGACGGUGGUUACCUCACGGGUCGCAGACUCAUCUACCCUCUCUCCCUUGUCAUCUCCCUUUUCUUCCUCUGGGGUUUCUCUUACGGUCUCCUCGAUGUCCUCAACAAGCACUUCCAGACGGUCCUUGGUAUCACCAAGCUCCAGUCUACCGGUCUCCAGGUCGUCUACUUCGGUGGCGGUUACCUCCUGUUCUCUCCCAUCGCCGCUGAGGUCAUGAAGCGCAAGGGCUACAGAUUGACCAUCCUCAUGGGUCUUACCCUCUACUCGCUCGGUGCCGUCAUGUUCUGGCCGACCGCACACUUCUCCAAGCCUGGCAACGAGAAGGCCUCCUUCGGCGGUUUCUGCGCCUGCACUCUUGUCAUCGCCUGCGGUCUCGCCACCCUUGAGACGGCUGCCAACUCGUACGCCGUCGUCAUCGGUAACCCCGCCUCGGCCUCUGCCCGUCUCCAGUUCUGCCAAUCCUGGAACGGUGUCGCCUCCUUCAUCGGUCCCCUCAUCGCCUCCAAGUUCUUCUUCAGCGGCGCCAACGCGAACAGCCUCACCAACGUGCAGUUCGUCUACCUCGCUGUUGCUUGUGCCGGUGUCGCCGUCGGCAUUCUCUUCGCUGUUUCCAAGCUCCCUGAGGUCUCCGAGGAGCAGCUCUCCGGCAAGGACGCCGUCGACAACCUCGCUCAGGAUGAGUUCGGUCGCGAGAUUGGUGCCGGUCCUCUGUACAAGCAGUACAACAUGAUCUUCGCCUUCAUCGCCCAGUUCUGCUACGUCGGCGCCCAGGUCACCAUUGCCUCCUUCUUCAUCAACUAUGCGACUGAGAACGCCACCUACUCGUCUGCGCAGGCCUCCAACAUGCUGUCGUACGCCCUCAUCACCUUCACCGUCGGCCGCUUCGUCGCCACCGGCCUGGCCACCAUCUUCGCGUCCGACUUCAUCAUGGUCAUCUACACUUGCUGCGCCAUCGCGCUGAACGCCUACGUCUGCGCCGGCCACGGCACGUCGGCCGUUGCCGUCCUCAUCGUCAUCUUCUUCUUCGAGGCGCCCAUGUACCCCACCCUCUUCACCCUCGGCACCGCCAACCUCGGCCGCCACACCCGCCGCGGUGCCGGUAUCCUCGUCAUGGGCGUCUCCGGCGGCGCCAUCUUCCCGCCGAUCCAGGGCGCCAUCGCCGACACGUCGGCCGGCACCCGCAUCUCGUACGUCGUCCCGCUCGUCGGCUUCGUCUACGUCCUCGGCUACGUCACCUUCCACUGGGUCCGCCACGGCAUGGUCGUCAUGCGCCCCAAGAACAUCGUCACCGAGGCCCCCGCCAUGGGCGGUGCGCUCGGCGGUGCCGUUGAGAAUGUGCACUACGAUGCCGAUAAGGUCACGACCACUCGCGUUGAGAAGACUGUUGAGAGCAUCUCUGUUACCAGGGUUGAGUAA